GCCGCAUCGCGGCGGCCAUUUUGUGCGGCUGCGGUGGGUGCGCGGGCUCGGGCGCCGCGGGCCCGGGCGGGGCGGCUCCGUUCUAACCCUUUUUCCCGUACAGAGCCCUCGGUUUGCUUUGACUCCUUGUGCUUCCUCUGCGGGAAAAUACCUUUUUUUCAGGUAGACUUCUUCCAAGAGUCAUAAGUCCAAGUCCAGUUACUGCUACAGUUGUUCAUCAGUGUUUGGAAUGUUUGUGGCCACAUGAACAAGUUUCUUCUAGGGGAAUAAAAUCAGCAGUGUUGAUAUUACAAAAUGACAAAACAUCCUCCGAAUAGAAGAGGGAUCAACUUUGAGGUGGGAGCCCAGUUGGAAGCCCGUGACAGAUUAAAAAACUGGUACCCAGCUCACAUUGAAGAAAUCGAUUAUGAAGAGGGGAAAGUGCUUAUCCAUUUCAAACGCUGGAACCACAGAUACGACGAAUGGUUCUGCUGGGACAGCCCUUACUUGCGUCCCUUAGAGAAAAUCCAGUUAAGGAAAGAGGGAUUGCAUGAGGAGGAAGGCUGUGCAGGGUUCCAUAUCAAUGACCAGGUCUUGGCGUGCUGGUCCGACUGUCGCUUCUACCCGGCCAAAGUUACUUCUGUUAACAAAGAUGGUACUUACACUGUGAAAUUUUAUGAUGGUGUAGUGCAGACGGUCAAGAACAUUCAUGUCAAAGCUUUUUCCAAAGAUCAGAAUAUUGUGGGUGAUGCUAAGCCUAAGGAAAGAGGUGAUGAAAUUCCGUCAUCUCCUGAAAACCGGGAGAAAUUUAAAGAGCAGAGGAAAGCAGCAGGUAACGCAAAGAAAGACGAAGAUGAAAAGACACUGAAGACUGAGAAACGAGUCAAGCAGCCUGAUAAAGAGGGGAAAUUUCUGGUCAUCUCGGAAAAAGGCAAGGUCUCAGAAAAGAAUAUAUCCAAGAAUGGGAAAGAAGAUAAAGAGAAUAUAUCAGAGAAUGAUAUGGAAUAUUCAGUAGAUACACAAAUUGAGAAGAAGCCUGAGAAUGACAAUGUAAAGAGUCCACAGGAGAACACAAAAGAAACCAAACGAAAGCGUGGCAGACCACCAAUAACCCCUCCAACAGAGCCAAGUUCCCAGACCCUGCAGCCCAUAACUUUGGAGUUGAGACGUCGGAAAAUCCCUAAAGGAGGGGAUGUUCCAGCAAAGCGUGCCAGGAUCGAAAAAAACUUGUCUCAGGAAAAAUUUAAGAACUCUUCAGAUAAUGCUGAGAGAGACCAGAGCAGGAGACGAUCUUCGAGACUCUCGUCCAGUAUUAGCCAUGAGAUUUUAAAUACGGAUCUUGUCACAACUUCUGCAGAAAUUCAGCCUUGGAAAGAUGCAGUAUGUAACCAAAACGAGUCUGAGAAGGCCCAGUUAGAAACUCCUGUUGAACCUGACCAAAGUUUCAGUGAACAGGGAUCACCUGGACACACGUCACCAGGCACAGCACUCGCUACAGAUGCCAGUUUACAGGAAGGAAAAGCAGAAGACACUGAGUCUUCCUCUGUUACUGCCAGAACUCAAGAACCUUCUGCUGCUACAGUAACAAAACCUUGUAGGAGAACAGACUUUCUUGCAUCAAAAAAAGCUGCAACUGUUGACCAGGAUCACAAGUUUAGAUGCAAGUUCUUGGACUGUUCCAAAUCCUUCCGCAAAGCCAAGUUAUUGCAUUAUCACAUGAAAUACUUUCAUGGAGUGGAGAAGGCUGCAGAGUCACAGCAGAACCCUGUAAAAAGAAAUAUUCAAACCAGAGCUUCUUUGGCUUCUGAAAAAGCUAAUCAAGAAAGGUCAAAAAGAGGACGGAGCACAGCUGGGUCACUGUAUGCUCCUCUACACAUAGCCCUAAGGAGUACCCCAUAUAGAGAUGAAAAAAUAGAAAAGAGAAGAACUUCAGCCGCUGUAAGUGCAUUAAAUAGUCACCGGCACUCUCUUAGAGACCAAAGCAGGAGCCACAUAGCGAGAGCGCUGCGGAGGCCUCGGGACAGAGUCGGACAUGGUGUUAAAGAACACGAGAAGAACAAAGAAAGAAAAUCCAAAGACUAUGGAAGAUCCAAGUCAAAGAAAAAGAAAAAAAAGAAAAAGAGAUCUAAGCCUGGGUAUUCUGGCGUUGGGGAAAACACAGAUGUCUCACAGGAGCUUUCUCCUGAAAAAUCAGUGGUCACAAAAUCUCUUUCUUCCAAUAAGUCAUCUGCCCACCCGAGCACACCGCUGCACUGUGCUGAUUCUGGACAGCACAGGGGGAAAUCAAAAGCAAAUGGAUUUUAUAUAAAUCCUUCUUGUACAGAGGAUGACACCCUGAGUGAGUCAUCUAUGGACAGCUUACUUUGGAGUGACGAUGACUGCAGUCAGGAUGUUGAUGUAACCACCAACCCUGAUGAAGAAGUUGAAGAAAGUGAUUUUGAGAUUGUUCGCUGUGUUUGUGAAGUAAAAGAAGAAAAUGACUUCAUGAUCCAGUGUGAGGAGUGUCUGUGCUGGCAGCACGGGGUCUGCAUGGGUCUGCUGGAAGAUAAUGUCCCUGAGAAGUACACCUGCUAUAUCUGCCAGGAUCCCCCAGGUCAGAGGUCCAGCUUGAAGUACUGGUAUGAGAAGGAGUGGCUAAGCAAUGGUCACAUGCAUGGCUUAGCAUUUCUGGAAGAAAAUUAUUCCCACCAGAACGCCAAGAAGAUCGUGGCCACUCACCAGCUGCUGGGGGACGUGCAGAGGGUGAUCGAGGUGCUGCACGGGCUGCAGCUGAAGAUGAGCAUAUUGCAAAACAAAGAACAUCCCGACCUAAAGCUUUGGUGUCACCCGUGGAAGCACAUCACAGUGGAUGAGAAAAUCCACACCAAACACAUCAUUCACUUUGAGGAAAACUGUUGCAAAGAGGAGACGGCGAGUUACAGAACUUGGAACGGGACGGCUGAGAAGCCCUCAGCCAUUCCCUCCGUGGAGGAAUCUUACAUCACCAGUGAACACUGUUACCAGAAACCUCGGGCCUACUACCCUGCCAUAGAGCAGAGGCUGGUGGUGGAAACAAGGGGCUCAGCCAUGGAUGAUGGAGUGAAUAGAAUAAGGGAGAAUGGAGAUGACGCCCUGUCAGAGAGAUUUGGCUGGAAUCUGGACCAAGAAAUAUGCAAGGUGGAAAAUGAAUCCAAACACAAUUACUCCAAGGGGAGAGAGGCCGUGGCCAAGAAAGGCUCUGCGGAGGAAGCAAUGGAGAUGAAGCUGAUGGAGAAGGGCAAAGAAGGAGUGGUGAACUCGCAGCUGCAGUGGCAGCUCAAUCUUCUAGCCCACGUGGAAUCUCUGCAAGAUGAAGUCAUCCACAGAAUGGAUUUCAUUGAGAAGGAGCUAGAUGUUCUGGAGAGCUGGCUGGAUUACACCGGAGAGCUGGAACCCCCCGAACCCCUGGCUCGACUGCCCCAGCUCAAACACUGCAUAAAGCAGCUGAUCACGGACCUGGGCAAGGUGCAGCAGAUCGCCCUGUGCUGCUCCACGUGAGGCUGGCGGGGGCACUGCCACAGGGCACCACGCUGGGCAGCUCUGCAGCACAUCGGCCUGCUGGCUGCACGGGCUGCAGGUUGACUUCAGGGACUGGGGAAGAAGUGUUGUUCAGAGAACAGCAGGAAGGUUAUUUGGGGUUUCUUGGGCAAUCACAGCGCUUUGGAAGAGGCCGUGCCCUCGUCUCUGGAGGUUGGAUGUCGGUUGAUAAAUUACACUUCAAUUUUCACUCCUUAAAAGUUGCUCACUGAAACGGUCGACACGUUCAUCGUUCAAUUGACUGAAAAUUGUGCCACUGAAGAACAGAGUUCCAAGAGCCAAAAAUGUUUGGUUGACAGAGGUUGUAAAUAACUUUGCAUAGUUUAAGUGACUCGUGUCAUGUUUUAUUCCUUCUGGUUUAUGCAUACUAGCACUCAGUAUUUAAUCAUUAGGAAAUGUUAUAACAGUUUCAGACUUAGUAAGUAUGAAUGUCCAGCUCUUAAGUAUAAAGUGUUAUGUGGAGGUUUGCAAGUAACGGUGGUCUGACCCCCACUUCUGUUACAGGAAAUAAUGUAGCAGGAGGUCACAGGUGGAUUGCACUUAUUUUCAGAAUAAAUGAUUGUUUUCCAUGUUUAUGCUGUCACUGUCACAUGACUCGGUACUGGGGAAGCCCAUGAACGUGGUGUUUAUGUGCAUUCUCGAGCUCUUUGGUCGGGCCAUCCUGUGCCUCCUGCAGCAGCACGGAAUGUGCUGGGAGAGGCUGGAGCCACGCUCCCAGUUUCCUCUGCAGCGUGGGCUGUCAUGGAUGUGAUGUAUUUUCUACCCAUUUGUUAAUAAUUGCCAUUCCACUUAUAUUUGGAAAUGUAGACUUUUUUGCAAUACUCUGGACGUGUUUGUUGUAAAGACUCGCUAUGAAUGUGUGGUUUGGGGAAUCAGUUUAUUUUAUAUUGGUGUAAAUAAAAGCCUCGAGAUCUAUGCAUGAGGUGCUGUCCUCGCAGACAGCGAGUGGGUUAUUACCUUAGAUGGUCUGUGUUCACCAACUCCCUUUUUAUACCUUAAGUUUUAAUCUUCUGGUUUGUACUUUGUGAGAGCAAGGUGACAAUGCUGCUGAUGUUCAGUCAUGUUAUAUACAGAGUCUUUGGAAAGUCGUGAGUAUUUGAGAAGUUCAGAGUCUUUCAGCUGCAGAUCACCGCUCCGGAAAGAACGGCUGUGACUUGAGUUUUCCUUCCCAGACGUUGCUGAGUUCAGUUUCCUGUGGAACGUUGUAAACUGGUUUUGCAGUGAGAGGGUGUCCUUAAAAAGCUGGAUUUGUUACCUUGAUUUUAUUGUGUGCAAUGGUACUACCGAAGGGUAACGUUCAAGCACGGUUUCAACAGAAAGGCCCAUACCUGUACAAAUCAUUAAUUUGGGAUAUAGGUCUGAAAUGUGUGUAUUCUGCAAAGAAUAAUGUAAACUUGAAAUAUCCAAUAUUGUUGUAGGAGUUACGGUAUCUACACAGUUAAUGUUUUAUUUCCUUCAGAAAACAGAAUAAUUAGGCUGCUCUAGGUAGUAACUAAGGCUUUUGUGCCAAGAUUCAGUUCAGGGAAUAAUUUGUCUCAGUUUUAUAGUACUAGUUGGUAUAUAGCGAAUACAACAUAUGUACAGCAGAAAAUUAAACUUACUCUUCUGUAGCACAGUUGGAAUAAAGCUUACAUGGUAUUUAAGGAUCACUUGGCUCUCUGAGGAUGAGACCAGUGCUUACACCUUGGCUCGUUCCUGUCAGGCCACCCGAGUUCAGUGCAGCUCUGGAGCAGCUUGCAGUGACCGGACGGGCAGAGCAGCGGCCGAGCAGCCCCCAGCCAGGAGGAAAGGGCUGAGGUGGGGUGGAGCAGAGUGUGCUCCCUGGGUGCCCCCUGGGUGCCAGCUGUGCUCAGCACUCCCGCCACGCGUCCCUUGCAGGCCGUGGCUCAGCUGAGCUCCCCGGCCCUGGCAGGCCUCGUGCUCCAGAGGGGAACUUCUCAAGCAAUGGCUUCUGUGUGCUCACUAUCUGUUUUUACUUGUCAGUUAAUUUUUGCUCAGGGCAGUACUGGAGGGUUGGAGGAAAAGGUGGUUCCCAUGGGUAGAUCACGUGGCAGAUCCUGAAGACUCAUUUCCCAUCAGUAGUGCUGGGGAAGCCCUUACAGGUAAAGACUGAAAAUAUUUAUUUAAAAUAGAGUAGCACUUCUCCUGAUCAGGAAAGAUUCUUCAUUGUGCUCUGCCUGGAUUUGUUUCUGUCCCUGUUUUUGCAAGUUUCCACAUUGUUACUCUUAGCCUGAACCGGCUGUUCGGGCUGGCAGGUCACUUUUUUGUUUCUUUAAAUCACUGGUAGGUGGAUGCAACGUGGAGCCUUGAUGAACUGAGCAAACAUUGCACUGUGGGUACAUAUGCGUGUUUGUCUUUGUUGAUGCACUAUUAGAACCGAGGGGCUGUACAUAGAAUUUUGCUUUGGAGCAAUAUUUGCAAAACUUGAAAACUUCUGUAUCUUGGUGUUUGGAAUAAAUAAAUAGGUUUUUGUUGGAUAA